AUGGCAGAAGACGGUUUCGAGAGCGAAUCGGACUUUGCCAAGCUACUGCAAACGUCGGGAAAGAAUGUCCUGAUAUACGCAUACGAGGGAUAUAUCCCGCCAAGGGCCAAAGAUCUUGCCAAAAUGUUUUCGCAUACCACAAUAUCGUAUAUGGUCGAUGUUGCCCAGCAUCUUGAAGCAGAGGAUUAUUUCGGAAUCAUCGAGGUUCCAACAUUCAUCGUAUACAGGAACGGCGAGGAGAUAAAGCGAGUGCUUGGAAUGGACCCAGCCGGUCUGGAGUCUCUGCUCAAGAUACUGGCAUGA